UAAUUGUUACACCCGCGACGUUCUGUGAUUAUGUUGUGUGGGUGUGGAGCGGUUUUAUUGGGAGUUGGUGUUUUUCUGUUCCGUGUUGAUUGUUAUCAGUGAACAAGUCUCCAAAUGUCUGAUUUAACAAUAUUUAACCCGGUUAUACCAUACAAUGGCGCAAUCUUUGGUGGCUUGCAUCGAGGGCAGAUGAUAGCAGUACAAGGAAUGGUGCCCAAAGAAAGCAAAAGAUUCCAAGUGGAUUUACAGUGUGGAAGUUGUGAAAAACCACGUGCAGACAUAGCCUUGCAUUUCAAUCCACGUUUUCGGAAAUCUGGGUGCGUGGUUUGCAACACGCUGGUGCUGGAAAGAUGGGGACGUGAAGAAAUAAAAUAUGAGAUGCCGUUCAAGAAAGGAGAGCCAUUUGAAAUAAUUUUCUUCGUAACGGUUGACAAGUUCAAGAUUGCAGUUAAUGGAAAACAUUUCCUGGACUACCAGCACAGAAUAAAUGUAGAAAAAGUUGACACACUUGGAAUCUUUGGUGAAGUCCAAAUUCAAGCAAUUUCCUUCUUGACCAGCUCUGAGCAGGAUAAUCCAUAUUCUAAUUUACCAAUAAAGAAGACUGAUGCAAGUGGGACUCAUACAACGCCUACUAAGACUCAGUUGGCUGUGCCUUAUAUGGGUAAAAUUAAGGCUGGAUUGAGCCCUGGUCGGGUAAUCACUAUUCAAGGCAAAGUCGAUAAGAAUCCAGACAGGUUUGCCAUUAAUUUCCGUGUGAGUGAUUCUACUGAUCUUCCAUUGCACCUGGCACUUCGUUUCAAAGAGAGAGCUUUUGUUCGAAACUCGUUUCUCUACCAAAGCUGGGGUGAAGAGGAGAGGAAAAUAGAUUAUUUUCCAUUUAGCCCAGACGCAUACUUUGAGGUUAUCAUUUAUUGUGGUUCUGACUGCUUCAAGAUUGCUGUUAAUGGAGAACAUUUAUUGGAAUAUAAACACCGUUUUACUGACUUGAGCAAAAUUGAUAUGUUGGAAAUGGUUGGAGAUCUCCAGCUGAUCGAUAUACGGACUUGGUAGGUGGUGAGAAGCUGCCGUUCAAAGUUAACAUUUAUGCCAGGCUAAUAACAGGGUGCGUAACCUAUCUAAUUCUGUUUUUGAUUAUAGAAAGAGUACGAGACCAAAUCAAGAAGAAAAAUAAUUUCUUGGGUAAUGUUGCAUGUUUGAAGAUCUGGCUUUUGUUUUGGAAUGGCUUUAUUGAGUUCAUUUAAACGACACAGUACUCAAGAAAAUGGGAUUUUGAGGAUUGCAUCAUUUCCAUAGAACCCUCCCCAAAAAAACUUCCAAAAUUAUUUAAGUGUGAAGGGGCUUCGAGUAACUGUGUAAUAAAUCUUGCUUUGGUAUUCAAAUCGCCUACAAACUUGACCAAGUGUCUUUAAAUAUGUAUUUUUAAUGGCUGAGAUGUGUUAGGAUAUUUUGCCAAUGAACUAAACUUCUGACCUGCAAAACAAAGUGAGACGGUUAAUUAAGCUUUGCACUUUUGUUGUAACUUUACUCAGCAGAAAAGGCUGUGCAAUGUUGGUUUUAAAUUUACUGUUGUUAAAAAUCCUGAACAGAUUUUGGCAAAGCUUGUAAGUCUUAUUGAUGAAUACUUUAUCUGACUGACAUGUGCUUACAUGAAUGAUCAAUUAAAGCUUUAAUGUUCCACAAGUCUAAUAGUCAUAAGUAUUAUUUGCAAAAGUUCCAGUAAAAGUAAAUAUACAUUUUGGUUUUCUUGGCCUGAUUUAACAACCUGUUUCACAAAUUGCUGUAGCAUUCUCUGUGCAAGAUAACUACUGAUUACAAAAGUCAUUCAGUCCAUCUUGUUCAUCAUUCUGAAAGGAUUAAAAUCUCUACUCUACUGCCAAUCCAAUUGUGUCUUAAACAGUUCCAGGAUUUGUAACUCUUCUAGUUUAUCUAGGAGUCAAUUUGAUGUGCUAUUCACUUCUUUUGGACAGAUUAAGAACUUCCUGUUGAGUCCUAAAUUUACCAAUUUCAGUUUGAAUCUUCCAGAAUUAUUUUUCCUUGCUAGUUUACUAUUUGUAUAUCUCCUAAAAUCACCUCUCGGAUGCCUCCCCUUUAAAGCUGAAAAGCCCAAGUUUCCACAGUCUUUCCUUGAUAGCAGACCUUUAACAUUGCAUCAGCCUUGAAUGGUCCCCUCAGUACUGCUUUGUGUCCAAAUGCUUUCCUUGCACCACCGUCCAGAGCCAGACACAGUUUAGAAAUGCAGCUUGUAUUAUGUGGAGUCAGUGCCUGACUCUGCAAGUGAAUGAGCAAUGUAAAAUAGAACUCACCAUGAGUUUGCUUUGCUGUGACAUACUGCAUUGCAAAUGUAAGGUUCUAAAAGUCAUUAUUGUCUGAGUGUCUAUUUGCUAAAUAUUGAACUACGAAGCUUGACGGACUCUCGUGGAAAUUACAACUAUAAGAAGCUUCUGUAGCACUUUUUUUUGAUCAUUGAAUAUAAUUUGACAAAAUAAUGUAAUGCAUGUAAUAAAAUUGCUAAUUUUAAAGAGAUUAAUUUAGCACCUUAGAUUGACUUACUUUUCAGAACUCUUCCAUGCCUCUCCCCGCACCACCCCUUAUCAUCUUUAAUCUAUAGAUAGGAUAAUGUGGUCCAGACAGUACUCUUGUUCUGAGCUUUUCUUAAACUGUUGUUUUUGAUCAGGAUUAAAUUAUUUAAACAGAACAGUUGAACUCCCUUUAUUCAAACUUGUUUAUCCCACAAAAAUAUUGUCAGCCGGGCACAUAGCUAAGCAAUGUUGACUCAAACUAGACUUGCAAUGUCCAACAAGUGUGUAACAGGCUACAAAAUUGCAGUCUGCAAUUUGAAUCUGGAUGAAUGUUGUGAAGGAAAACAUAACCUUAUUUACAAUGCUUGAAUUGGGAGUAACAUUGGUAGAGAUGGGCUAGACCCACCAAUGGUACCCGACAGCCAAAAAUGUACUGAUCAAAUCCAGCAACAGGCUGCUGUUGGACAUGGAUUUCUACGAAGUAUAUUCUGUUCUUACGGGCUAAAUGAUCAGUGCAUUUGGUAACUGAGUGGGAAGAACUUCAUUACUAACAGCAUUGAUGUUCAAAUCAGGUGCUGACUGUAUUGCACGGAAUCUAUUGACAAAUUGUUUCGUUUACAUACUAAAUACACAUAAAUGUUAAUUUUUGCCAGUAGGCCAUUAAUCUAACUGGAAGCCUUUUCUUGUGGGGAAAGAUGAUGGUGGUAAUGAGGUAAUUGUAGAAAUUUGGAAGAGCCCAUUUCAGCAUCUGUUCUUACAUACUGUAAAUUAACGUGUUACUCUGCUUUUGUACUUGACUUUUGUACAUAAUUUAUAUUAAGACAAAGCUUAUUAAUUGAAAUUUACUGAAUCUAUAAUGCAUUAAAAAAGUUAUUUUAAACAUU